UUACACUUUUCGCUAAACAGCUGUUUCAAUGAAAAGGAAAUAAAGUAACGGAGGAGCAAAAUAAUGCUUUUGUUGAAAAAAUAAAUUAAAUUAAAUAAAAUUUGACAAUGUUUUGUUGCUUGAGAACUUGUUUAAAUGGAAAUGUUCACAAACCUUCAGUUAGUGUAAGCCGUGUUAAAGAACCUGAAAUACAUUUGGAUGCUUCACAUAUGGGAGCAGAUGUCAUAUUAUUGUCAAAUUACUUGAGAAUUACGGGAACAGGCGGAGCUUUAGCCACAGCACCUUUAGUACAGUCAAAGUCUUAUUUUGAGGCAAAAAUACAGCAAAGAGGUAAUUGGUCCAUAGGCUUGGCUACAAGAAGAACAGAUCUUUCUCGUAAAGAAGGCGGAACUGAUCGUGAAUCGUGGUGCUUGUGCUCCGAUAAUAUAACCUUGAUAACGCGUCAUAACAAUGAAGCCAAUGAAUGUGAGCCCGUGAGGAAACAGCCAAUACCACCGAACAAUAGUUUAUUUAAUGAGAGUACAGCUCCUGGAUUAAUAGGUAUUGAGGAUCUCAAUGAAGACCUACUUUUGACAACCGGCAGCUUAGAGGCCUUGGACAGUGAACUGACAAAUGGCCUUUGUCAUGAUUCCACUAAUAUUGCGGACGAAGGAGAUGUUAUUGGCGUAGCAUUCGAUCAUAUAGAAUUGAAUUUCUAUCUUAAUGGUAAUAAUCUAGAAGUGCCUUUUCGCAACAUUAAGGCCAGUACCUUAUUUCCGGUUAUUUAUGUGGGAAACGGCGCUAUUGUGGAUAUAAUAUUGGACAAUUUUCUGUACCCUAUACCAGCUGGUUUCGAACGUAUUAUGCUGGAACAAUCUUUGCUCUAAAACAUAAUUAAAAAAAGUCUGUUAAAUAUAUUUCUUUACGAAGGACUUGCAUUCCUCCUUUACUUGAUAUGUUUCUCUAGUCGAAUCCAAAAGAACUCAUAUUUUUAAUAUAUAUCAUGGCGAGAAGAGAUUAUUUUUAAUUUUAAUUUAAUUUUAAUAUUUCCUUUUAAUUGUAUUAAGUUCACUUGUAAGUAACGUACAGAUGCAUUGAAAUGUUAAGAAUAGAACAGUGGUAUAAGGCAAAAAAUGUAAGAUCCGAGUGUCUAAUUGAUUGGUGCCCUUCCAAAAAGAGGAAGAGCGCACGCAACAUGUUCGACACCUAUCUAUUGGUGUAGUUGUUUUGAAGAUAGUUUCCACUACUGAUUACUCUUUAAAUGAGACAAUUUUGUCUAGUUAUUUAUUAAAGUUAAAUAAGAAAAUAUGUAUUCUUCUAAAAAUAAUCAAAUACAUUAAUGUCACUGAUUCGAGAUUUAUUUUGUUGUAAUAAAAAUGUAUUAUAUAACUAAGCUGACCAUCUUCAUUUAUUCUCUCGAUUGUCUAGCAUGUAUUGUGCCGCUUUAUCCCAUAAAUUAGCUGUCAAAUUAUUCGCAUUCUGUUCAGUUUCUUCUGUCUAAAAACUUCACCACUAUUUUGUUUAAGCAAAGUUUUAAGAGAGCAAAUAACUGUAUUGCAUACCGGUUAGAGUGAACUAGCAUUGCGGACAUCGUUUAGCAGCCAUUUGACUGUAUGCUCUUUCCUUCCCGUUCCUUUUCGGGGUAAGAGUUAGACUAAAGGCUUCGACAAUGCAAACGCACUCAUUAUGCUCAACGACGUAAUUAUGUAAUGCCCAAACACAUAAUUCCUUAAAGAGAUCAACGAUAAUUUUAAGCGUUAAAUUAAUAGAGAACUGCAAUCCAUAAAACAUAAAAUUUAAACAAACCGGUGCCUAAGUUACAAGCCUGAGAAUUUAAAAUAUCCAAAGCGCUCUAUAUUAAAUACGUAGAAAAUUUGAAUCCUACCAUAGACAGCUGUCUAUACCCUACACAACUUAUAAUACAAGGGUGUAUUAAGUUUGUGCGGAUGUGCCAAGUAGCAUCCAGAAGGAGUUGGGAUGGACCCACCUUUGGUAUUAAAUCGAUUGAUUCAGAAUCAGUUUUUGCAUCAAUCUAAGCUUCUCCAUCCGUCCGUCCGUCCGUCCGUCCGUCAAUCCGCCUUGCUUUCUUGUGCUCAAACUGCAGGCCGCCUUUUUUUGUGGGAUAUUUUUAUGAAAUUUGCUGCUCUGACGUGUUUGGGGGCCGCAUCCCACUAUGUUUUUUUAUUAGAGAAAAACAAGAAGUGAAUCGGAAGCUAACAAAGAUAUUAAAU